GGCUUUCCGGUUGAAAUAUAGAGACACGAGUCGCAGAGGAUCACACAUCCAACGGCCCACAAUUAAUCGGAUCAUUAUUUUAGUAAAAGCAAGUCUUCGUCACCGGCUUCUGAUUCUCGAUCUUCUCUUCUCUUCUCUUCUCUUCUCUUCUCUCACUCGCCCCCAAAUUAAUUGUGAGCUGCAGAGGUUGGCUCGCUUCAACACUUUUGCUGCAUUUUGCUUCAAUCGCCUCCGAUCGGUUGAGUUUUUUUCGGAUAUCGUGACAUUUGAGGAGAUCAUUUGGUGUAACGGAAUAUGAGUUGUCUUGGUUGUUGUGGGGAAGAUGAGAUCAAUAGAAAUGCUGAUGGUGGAGGCCCGUAUCCAGUAAAAACCGCAGCUGGCAAUGCUGGGAAUUAUCACACUGCUGAAGCCACAUCUAAAGAUCAAGCUGUGAAAAUACAGCCUAUUGCAGUCCCAAUAAUUCCCGUGGAUGAACUCAAGGAAGUUACAAGUAACUUUAGCACAGAUUCUUUAAUAGGAGAAGGGUCAUAUGGAAGAGUUUAUUACGGAACUCUUACUAAUGGUCGAGCUGCAGCCAUAAAGAAGUUGGAUGCCAGCAAACAACCAGAUGAUGAAUUCUUAGCUCAGGUAUCUAUGGUGUCAAGGCUGAAGCACGAGAAUUUUGUGGAGCUACUUGGUUAUUCUGUUGAUGGAAAUCAACGUAUUCUGGCAUAUGAAUUUGCAUCUAAUGGAUCUCUUCAUGACAUUCUUCACGGAAGAAAAGGUGUUAAAGGAGCGCAGCCUGGUCCUCUUCUUUCUUGGGCUCAACGUGUUAAAAUCGCUGUGGGUGCUGCUAAGGGCCUUGAAUAUCUUCACGAAAAAGCAGACCCUCAUAUUGUCCACCGUGAUAUAAAGUCCAGCAAUGUACUGAUUUUUGACGAAGAUGUAGCUAAGAUUGCUGAUUUUGAUCUAUCAAAUCAAGCUCCUGAUAUGGCAGCACGUCUUCACUCUACUCGUGUCCUUGGGACAUUUGGAUAUCAUGCUCCAGAAUAUGCUAUGACUGGACAGCUGAACUCAAAGAGUGAUGUUUACAGCUUUGGUGUCGUCCUUCUGGAGCUCCUUACUGGCCGCAAACCCGUUGAUCAUACAUUACCUCGUGGGCAGCAAAGCUUAGUAACAUGGGCUACACCUAAACUGAGCGAAGAUAAGGUUCGGCAAUGCGUUGAUGAGAGGCUACAAGGAGACUAUCCUCCUAAGGCUGUCGCUAAGAUGGCUGCUGUUGCUGCCUUGUGCGUACAGUAUGAAGCCGAUUUUCGACCAAAUAUGAGCAUUGUGGUUAAAGCGCUCCAGCCUCUGUUAAAUACUCGGGCUGGACCUACUGGUGAAGCUUGAUUGACAUGAACCCUGAAUCAGAAAGAUAUCCUCUCUCUCUCUCUCUCUCUCUCAUGUUCGUUCUUCAUCGUGAUUGUUUAAAUUAAACAAGAGUCCCCUGAGGCGUGUAUUGUUUACAUUGUUUUUCCUUGCCAACGCAACGUGUAUUAUAUAAGGGUAAAUUGCUUCAAAAGUCA